GCAACCACCUCAGGACCACCUGGGCCACCAGUCAGGGGGUUGUCAGUUCAUCGUGAAAAAAAAGUCGACCAGCGACGAAAGCGUCGUCACACAUUCCGGAAUGAAGGCAGGCCGGCGACAGCCAGGUGUCGGAGACGCGCGGUGUGAGGUCCACGCCUUGCUCUGAACUCGACCUCACAUUGUGCCGGCCUGCCCCGUCACCCCCACGGGCGAGGGACGGGAGGGUUUUACUUUCGCGUGCACCGGUCUGAAGCGAAAUACUGCCAUGUCAUGUUUCCCGAGAACCCCACCCCUCCCCUCGCCGAGAAUGGAUCGAGCCAGAUGUGCGCCAGGCAGCGGGAGCGGAGACGCGCACUGCCGCCGCCGGAGCAGAGCGGCGCAGCUCUCGGUGUGAACGGACCGGGAGGGAGGGUCUGGCCUGUGGUUAAAAAACAACACACACACACACGCACGCACACACAGACGGACGGACGAAACUGAAAGUCCUGUCCUGGGGAUAAAUUCAAGAGAAGAGGAAAAUUCAGCUUGCUGGGUUACUGAAGAAGAAGAAGGAGGAGGAGACUCCAGCGCGAAUGUAGGGAAGCUGCCGGCUGUAGGUGCGAAAGAACUGAGUCUGAGGGCUGAGCGACCUCAAUCUGACUGACAUGACCCAUCUGGAAGUCUCAGAAUAAUUUGGCUGGUGUGUAUCAAAGAAGUUAUUUCUUUUCUACUCAAAAGAUGCAGAAGCAGCAGCAGACCAGGACGUCUCCGGGGAGUGUGGGCUCCAACCGGGGCCCCAGUGUGCCUGGCUCUCCAGCCGCCACCAUCAUGGCCAAAAUGGAUAACCAGGUGAUAGGAUACAAGGACUUGGCAGCCAUUCCCAAAGACAAAGCGAUACUGGACAUCGAGCGACCGGACUUAAUGAUCUACGAGCCCCACUUCAACUACUCUGCCCUGGACCGGACAGAACUGCCCAGGAGCAGAGAGAGAUCCAUGUCCCCGCACUCGAUAUCUCCCCCGCCCUCCCCAGAGAACUUCCUGUCCAAGGAGUCCCGGGAAUCACUGGAUCAGAAAUCCCCCGGCACCGUCUCCAUGGCGUCCAGCGUUCAGACGCGCCGGGUCAGCACCGGCUCGGCCAAGGGAGCCAUGCAGCACUUUCACAGACCAGACAACGGUACCAACAUAUACAAGAAACCCCCCAUCUACAAACAAGGAGACGUCUCCGGCUCGGUCCCGCACAGCAAGCACAUCGAAGAUCUCAUCAUCGAGUCGUCCAAGUUCCCCGCCGCCCAGCCGCCGGACCCCAGCCAGCCCUCCAAGAUCGAGACGGACUACUGGCCCUGCCCCCCGUCCCUCGCCGUCGUGGAGACGGAGUGGAGGAAGAAGGCCUCGCAGAAGAAGGACAAGCGAGAGGAGGGAGAAGAGGAGGCGGAGGAGGGGGACGAGGCAGACCUGUCGGAGGACAUGAAGAGGCUGCGGCAGCUGCAGAGGCAGGAGCUGGAAAAGAUCCAGUCGAACCUGGGCAAACUGAUCCUGAAGGAAGAGAUCGAGAAGUCGAUACCCAUCCGGAGGAAAACCCGCUCGCUUCCCGACAGGACGCCUUUGCACUUGGGACCCUCGUCCGUGGCCUCCAAGUCCACCUCUCUCCCAGUGUGCAGCAGGACCAGCCUCACCAGGCUGCAGUCCGCAGAGUUCUCGUCACCAGACAGCGACAAGAGUGGCCAAGGUUUGCAGAACGGAGACUCACAGAGGGGGAGAAUGGAUAGAGGGAACUCGCUGCCAAGCAUGCUGGAACAGAAGAUUUAUCCCUAUGAAAUGCUGAUUGUCACCCACAGGGGGCGCAGUAAGCUGCCACCUGGAGUUGACCGGACAAGGCUGGAGGUAUGAAGAAGGAGCACAUUU